UCUCCCCAGUGACCGAGGGCACCGACGCUGACCGGUGGGACUCCUUUUCCGGCCGCCGCCCGACGGCUGAUCGCCGCCGUCGCCUCUACCGGAGCCAGCACUGCUCGCGAAGCAGCCAUGAGCUGGGGUACAGAGCUGUGGGAUCAGUUUGAUAAUUUGGACAAGCAUACGCAGUGGGGCAUUGACUUCUUGGAGAAAUAUGCAAAAUUUGUAAAAGAAAGGAUAGAAAUUGAGCAAAACUAUGCAAAACAACUGAGGAAUUUGGUUAAGAAGUACUGUCCUAAACGUUCACCCAAAGAUGAGGAACCCAGGUUCACUUCAUGUAUUGCCUUUUUUAACAUCCUUAAUGAAUUGAAUGACUAUGCAGGACAACGAGAAGUAGUUGCAGAAGAAAUGGGACAUAGAGUCUAUGGAGAAUUGAUGAGAUACUCUCAUGAUCUAAAAACUGAGAGAAAAAUGCAUCUUCAGGAAGGGCGAAAGGCUCAACAGUAUCUGGACAUGUGCUGGAAACAGAUGGAUAAUAGCAAAAAGAAAUUUGAGCGAGAAUGCAGAGAGGCAGAGAAGGCACAGCAAAGCUACGAAAGACUGGACAACGACACUAAUGCGACAAAGGCUGACGUUGAGAAGGCUAAGCAACAGUUAAACCUGCGCACACAUAUGGCUGAUGAAAACAAAAACGAGUAUGCUGCACAACUACAGAAUUUUAAUGGAGAACAGCACAAACACUACUACAUUGUCAUUCCUCAGAUUUAUAAGCAACUUCAAGAAAUGGAUGAAAGGAGGACUAUCAAACUCAGUGAAUGUUACAAAGGCUUUGCUGACUCCGAGCGCAAGGUUAUUCCAAUAAUCUCUAAAUGUUUAGAAGGGAUGAUCCUAGCAGCGAAAUCUGUUGAUGAACACAGAGACUCUCAACUAGUGAUAGACUGCUUCAAAUCCGGUUUUGAACCUCCUGGAGAUUUUCCAUUUGAAGAUUACAGCCAGAAUAUUUACAGAACUAUCUCUGAUGGAACCAUCAGUACACCAAAGCAGGAAGGAAUGAGAAAUGAUUCAAAAACUACAGUGGGAAAAGCUAAAGGAAAGCUGUGGCUAUUUGGAAAAAAGCCAAAGCCACAAUCCCCACCCCUAACCCCUACUAGUUUAUAUACAUCCAGUACUCCUAAUGGGUCCCAGUAUCCCAUAUUCUCCAUUGAACCAGUGCAUUAUUGCAUGAGUGACAUAAAAACAGGGAAGCCCAGAAUUUCUUCUUUCAGAAGCCUCAAAAGAGGGUGGUCGGUGAAGAUGGGCCCUGCAUUAGAAGACUUCAGCCAUCUCCCUCCAGAACAAAGACGCAAGAAACUGCAACAGAGAAUUGAUGAACUUAACAGAGAACUACAGAAGGAAACAGACCAAAAAGAUGCCCUCAUCAAGAUGAAGGAUGUUUAUGAAAAAAAUCCCCAGAUGGGUGAUCCAGGCAGUUUGCAACCCAAGUUAACCGAGACUAUGAGCAACAUGGACCGUCUUCGGAUGGAAAUACACAAGAAUGAGGCCUGGCUUUCUGAAGUUGAAGGUAAAGUAGCAGCCAGAAGCGACAGGCGGCACAGCAGUGACAUCAACCACCUUGUAACACAGGGCAGAGAGAGCCCUGAAGGGAGUUACACGGAUGAUGCAAAUCAGGAAGUUCGAGGCCCAUCACAGCAGCAUGCACAUCCAAAUGAGUUUGAUGAUGAGUUUGAAGAUGAUGAUCCAUUACCAGCUAUAGGACAUUGCAAGGCAAUAUAUCCAUUCGAUGGUCACAAUGAAGGCACUCUAGCAAUGAAAGAAGGGGAAAUUUUGUACAUUAUUGAAGAAGACAAAGGAGAUGGGUGGACAAGAGCUCGAAGACAUAAUGGAGAGGAAGGCUAUGUGCCAACAUCAUAUAUAGAUGUAACGCUAGAGAAAAACAGCAAAGGUGCAGUAACGUAUAUCUAAGAAUAAACUGGCAACUUUCAGUUGUACAUUCCCUAGGGAAAAUAGUAAGUUUUACACAGUUUCAUGGAAAGCAGAAUGCCAGAAAUCAGCAAUGGUCUGUUGUUUUGCAAUGUGAGUUUGCUAUAGGUUUUUGAGAGAUGACCAUAUUAAAUAAAGCAUCUUACUCUGGUCUGUAAUUUUGACCAAUGUCUUCUGCUUUAACUGAUCUACUGUUCCUGCUUACAAAGCACUAAAUUCAGUUUACCUAUUGGACUGAAAAAGAUCAGGAUUCCUGCUCCCUAGAAUACUUUGUUUUCAUAGAGAACUAAAAAAUUACUCGGUGUUAAAAUUUGCUUAAGAUUUACUGUUCCAAUUUUUAUGACUUACACUAUAUGUUUGAAACUGAGGGGUUUUCCUGUAAUAACUAACAAUUCAAUUACUGAAAAUUAUUAAUUUCCUUCCUUAGCAAAUACUUGGCAGCUUUCACUUCUUAAACAGGAAAAUGUUUUCUCAUUCUGAAAGCACAACAGAAAUACUCAGGAAAAAACAUGAUUAAGGACAGAAAGUCCGCUGACCUGCCUCUUGCCUUCCUUUUCAGUACUUGUAAUGUAGAACAUUGCAUAUUGGAUACAACUUUGUUGUUUUAACCCUAGAUACCUUGAACAAACAAAUGGAGGCUACACAUAAUGCUUGAUGUCUUACUGAAACUUCUCCUGAAAAGGGAAUGACUUUAUGUUCUUGAUCUGUGCUGGUCUUUGAAUUGAAUCAUGUUUAGACGAAAAUCAAGGUCUUAAAUGUACAGUAAUUCCCCUCACCAUUACAUCACUGAGGACUAGAAACUGCAUUGCACUACUUGAUUACUAUGAGAAAAAAACCUUAUGUAAAAGCUGUGGCUUGUACUUCUACUAAGAGUUCAUGGAAUUAAGUACAAGGCUAAUGUAUAGCCCCUGAGAAUGGCCUGUUAGAACUGAGCACGCUUCUCUGUCUUCCGAAGGCCUUCAGUAACUUUGUUCUUUUCU